AUGUCGAAGAGGAAGGUGUUGUUAAUGGGAAAGAGCGGGGCUGGUAAGACGAGUAUGAGGUCCAUCAUAUUUGCAAACUACAUUGCCAGAGAUACCAGCCGUCUGGGACCUACCAUGGAAGUGGAACAUGCUCAUGUAAAGUAUGUUUUCUUUGUGUUAUAUUCUCUUUUCUGUUUUUUUUUGUUAUUACUAUUAGUAACCAAGGUCAACAUAGGGGUAUCUAACAUUUUUUUUAAUUUAAGAUUUCUGGGUAAUAUGGUACUCCAUCUGUGGGACUGUGGAGGUCAAGAAACCUUCAUGGAGAACUAUAUGAGAGCCCAAAGAGAUCAGAUAUUCAAGAAUGUGCAAGUCUUAAUCUAUGUCUUUGAUGUGGAAAGCAGAGAAGUAGACAAAGACUUCAGGAACUACCAAACGUGUCUAGAAGCUCUACUUCAGAACAGUUCGUCAGCUCGUGUCUUCUGUCUCAUCCACAAGAUGGAUCUAAUUCAAGAAGGGAGUCGAGAAGAAGUGUUCAAGGAAAAGAGCGACAACAUCCUCAAGAUAAGUAUUGCAAUAGGAUGGGAUCCCAACUCUCUGGAAUGCUUCAGGUCUUCCAUCUGGGAUGAGACUCUGUAUAAAGCGUGGUCGGCCAUUGUGUACCAAUUGGUUCCGAAUGUCUCGUCGAUGGAAGCAAAACUGGAGUCAUUUGCCAAAAUUGUCGAUGCUGACGAAGUAAGUUGAACUUUGAAAUUGAGUUUUAGGUUAAAAAGACGUUUUGUAUUUUUUUUGCUUAUUUUGGGCUGCAAUACAAUUUUGUCGAUUGUUUAAACAACAUAUUUAGGUACUUCUGUUCGAAAAGGCCACAUUUCUUGUCAUUGCCCAAACUCAACGUACUUCCCACGACGAUAUUCACCGAUUCGAGAAGGUCUCCAACAUAAUCAAACAGUUCAAGCUCUCUUGCAGGCAGGUCUUUUGAGUUGCUUUCGUAGUCGAGUGGGUAAAGGGGUUGUUUGGCGUGCGAAAGGCCGCGGGUUCGAGGACGAAAGAAGGGCGGGAUCGUUUUGGUGGCCCUGUCUUUAUAUGUCCGUCGAAGAGUGACGAACGGACUAUUCUCGGGUUGUUCAGUUGAUUUACUUCUCGAUGCACAAUCCGCUUACAUUUUUACAUUACAAUUUUAAUUUUUUUUUUAAAUUUUUUGUUUUUUCAAAUUUUGUCAAUUUUUAAUAUUGUUUUCGUAUUUCAGCCGUAUGGGCUCACAAUUCGACUCAAUCGAAAUCCGAAACAAAAACUUCUCAGCCUUUAUCGACAGUUUCACCAACAAUACUUACAUUAUGUUAGUCUUGCCGGACGGAAAUAUAUCGACAACUGCGACCAUGAUUAACAUCCGAAGUGCCAGAAAGUUCUUUGACAAGCUGGACUGCAAGUAA